UCCCACUCCUGCUAUUAGAUCCUGGAGCCAAGUUCAAAUGCGGGGACCCAGGCGGAGCAGGGGAGCCCAGCGCAGGAGCGGGAGCGGCCGGGGCGCCGGUUGAGACGGGUCCCCUGCGCCGGGCAUCCUGGAGCGCGGAGGGACCAUGCAGCCGGGCGCCGCGCCUCCCUCCGCGGCCACUUGCAGCUGGGGGGAUCGGCACCGCGAGCGAUAAAUGAUUCUCCCCAGGACUCUCCUUUGUGCUGUGCUGCUGCUGCUGCUGCUUGUGUCGGUGCUGAGCAAGGGCAAGGCAAAGUGCAGCAUUGUGGAAAUCCUGCGGCAAUACCAAGCCGUGAUCUUUGAUGAGCUCCAGAACCUGAAAAACUUGACUCGAUCUGCUGAAACCCCGAGGAGGGGGAGAGCUGGCCCAGCCUGCCUCUCUAACAAGGAGCAGAAAAUCCUGCUGUCUAUCUCCACCAUGAGCAUGUCUCUCAGGGACAUGGUCAGAGGCCCCUGGAGGAAUCCUGAAGUGGUGGCUGUGAUGCAGGUGGUCAGCAACACAGAGUCUGUGACCAAACAGAACUGCAAGAAAAUCUACAAGAAGAGUCUGUCAACAGUUACAGAGAAACCGCAACACAGAGGCCAGGGCAACAGGAGAAAGCAGCUGAAGGUGAUAGCGCGAACAGUGGAAAACUUGGUCACCUGCUGGGAGAAGCUGUUCUCUCUCCACUCAAAGGACUGGGACACAUAGGGUCAGUAGGAAGCAGUGCAUGGUGCUCUCCCCAUGGGUGCUGAGCACCUGGGAUUGUACCACCACCUCCGUACUAGCCAGUAAGCAACACCGAUUUCAUGGAAACUCCUUGCCUUCUGAUUUCUUGGUUCCACCGUUGGGUGAAGCAGGCAUUCCAUUGCAUCCCAUUCUUCUCUGUGGGGAUUGGAGAGGGACACGUCUUGUGUUCAUGGCCUGCUCUGCUACUGUUCCAGGUAGCAAAUACGGAGGGUCAGAUUCAGCCCUGAAAUCAACUGAGUGGCAUCAACAGAAUUUGCUCCUUCAUUCUGAAUAAAACUUUGUUGGACAUUUCCACAGCGGGGGCUUUGGCUCCAGUGAGUCUGUAUGUUAGGAAUUUGGAAGGGCAGGGCAGUGCGCAGGCAGUGAAAGAAGAGGGUAAUAGAGUAAGAGGAGGCUCCCGGAUUAUGAAAAUGCUUCUUGUCUGCUAGGAAACCUCUUGCACUGUGUAACGCUGACAAACUUGUCGUCGGUGGGUGGGAUCGAACCUGGGACUUCUGACGCUUACUGCAUGAGCCUCUACCGCAUGAACUAAAAGCCAAUUGGCUGUUAGCUAAGGCAGUAGAGCAGACUCAUUUUAUCUCUCUCUUUAAGUGAUCUCAGUGCCACUAGAUGGGACAGAGCACCACACUCAGGAGGUGUGUGGGUUACAACUACACCACCUGAGAUGGUGUCUGCUGCUUUCCUGGGGCUGUUCAUUGACAUGCAAUAUUGUCUUCAUACCCCGGAAGGUGCUGGGAAGAAAGCCGUCUAUCUCCCGAAGGGCUGGUGCACCAGGAAAGGCUGGGCAUGGUAGCCAUAGUGACAAGUAGUCUAGGCAAUCUUAGAUCCCCCUGACAUUCCAUGGGUUUGAACUAGCUCUCUCCCCCUCGUUCUUCCAACCUGCGCUCAACAGGCUGGUGCGGAGAAUGAAAUGGACUUUCUACAGCUGCUACCAUCUCCUGGAAAACCAGGAAGAAUAGACAAUUGAGAACCACUUGUAUCUCCUCUCGGGGCCGGGUUUCUCUUCCCAUCGUUCUUGCAAGAGGACAAGGGAAAGCCGAAGUGCUGUAGGAGCUGGGGUUGGGGACUCGGCAAGUGGUGCUCUUCCCUCGGGGUCAGGGCUGAACUGAUGUUGCCUCAUGGUGCUCAGGGGAAGGCUGUGCUGCCUAGAUGUAAAACCAGCCUUUAUGCUAUUGUAACUACUGUCCUCUUCCUACCAGCAAAACAAAUCCCCUGCUUCUAGAAGAGAGGCACCAGAGCUCGCCCCUUAAUCAGUUAUAGAAAACCAGUUGUUACUGGUAGGGCUCCAGCCCUGGAGGCAGAGCUGCUCCCAUUAGCUUCACCAGAGGACAUGACCAGCUGCGGAUUCAUGCUGAGGGGUUCAUUAGGACAUUCAGGGACACCCUAGCCAGUGGCUGCUGAGCAAAGUCUUGUAUGUAUAUGAGGUGGCACUGGGGCUUGGCUCCUGCUUGCGAUGCUAGAGGGCAGCGGUUCAAAUCCCUGUGUGUCCAUGGCCUGUGGAGUAAAAAGUGUUUGAUCACAGUAGUUCGUUCUUUCUGGCCUUGGAAUCUAUGAAUCUUCUGCUCUUCAUGGGACAAUGCCAUUGCUGUACUCUGCAUCCUAACUGGUGGCAACCAAGCCCCUACAUAUACAGGGGGCUGUUGGUCAAGGUAUCUACGGGUCAGAAACACAACACCAAGGGCCAAAUUCUCCCCUGGAGUUAGGGAGUGCCACGCCAUUGCAGUCAGUGGCCCUUUUACACCAGCGGUAUGAGUUCAAGAGGAGCUGGUCUGAGAUUCACUGAGCACCUGCAGCUCUUCGAGCAGCGCCCAGCCAGCCUAGUGCAGACAAGUGAACGUCAUAGGGGGUGAGCAGAGAUCGGAAAGAAACGUCCUUUUACUUACUGGCUGCCUGACAUGUAAACAUGAGCCUCCCCGAAGGAGCAGCGUCGGAAAGGAGCGCGUUUUCCACACACCAAAACAAAACCUCGGCGAAAAUCCUUCAAAUCCAUGAGCUUCGGAAAUACGUAAAUCCCCAGUGUAGCCAAUGUUGAAAUGCCAUAAUGGGGUUAAAUAAAAAAACCCCAGAUGGUCAGGGAGUGGAUAGUUUGUUUCGUGAAUAACAAAUUUUCUCUUACCAACACAUUGUGCCUGCUUUCAGUUCUUGGGUGUAACGCCCCAUUGUU